UCUUCAGUAUUUAUUUAUUUAUUCAAUUGAAUAUUGUUUUCCGGCCACCGGAAUAUUCUAUUCUUUCUCAAUUUCACCGGAAUAUUCUGCUCUUUCUCAUUUUCUUAGCACUGCAAUAUGUCUAAAUUAUUUGGCACUGUUGUUGUACUUUUUCUCGUGUUAAAUUCCGGUGAAGCGCAAAAUGCACCUUCUCAAUCCCCAAUUUCUUCUCCCUCUAAAUCACCGGCGGUAAAAUCACAAGCACCGGUUUCUUCCCCGACUAAAUCACCGGCAGUGAGAUCUCAAGCACCGGUUUCUUCGCCCUCGGCUCCUACGAUUAGCCCGUCUGCAGCGCCGGUACAGUCACCGAAAGCAGCUUCUCCAGUAACCAGCGUUUCACCCGCACUCACUCCGUCAAUCAGUAGAUCUGCUCCGGUUCCUUCUGUUGCAACUCCUCCGCCGGUAUCAACGCCGGUGAGCACUCCGGCAUCUUCCCCGGCAGCAGCGGAUGUUCCGGCCAGCACUGCGACACCGUCAGUAUCCCCAAGCAUACCUUCAAGUUCAGCAAGUCCGGCGGAGUCUGUUGACGGACCUACUACGGCGCCGGCGAGUUUAUCACCGGGAACUUCACCAGCACCCGUUGCUGAUGAUGUUUCCGCUGCAAUUUCAGUGUUGAAAGUGCCGAUGGUUCUAAGUGGGCUUGCUAUUUGGGCCGCACUUUCAAUUUGAAUGCAUCCGGCCCAAUGUUGCACAAAAUUCCUAUUAUCGAGUCUUUUAUCAUAUUUAUUGUAAUAUUUUUGACACUUUUAUUCAUUCAUUAUCUUAUUUGUUGUACUUUAAUUUACUGAUUAUCAUUUAUAACAAAUAAUAAAAUUGCAGUGAAAUUUUGAAUUCUA